GCAGUUCGCUCUGCGCCCGUCAGCAGUGCAAAGGAGUUGAGGCCACCUUGAACAUGAUUGCGCCGUCGGGCUGAACGGUUGCACACUGUGGUUGGGUCUUCUGCAGCUUCGCAGCCAUGGGCCAAGGGUGUGUGUCCAAGAAAGAGUCGAUGAAACUGGGGCCGGAACCCAACCAGGGUCGCUACACGGCCACCUUUGCUCCGCCGCUGGCCAAUGGCAACGUCGGCAACAACGGACACGUCAUGGGCGAGGGCUUCGUCAAGAGCGGUCGCAAAAAGGGCGUCUUGCAUCUCAACGAGCCCACUGAGGAAGAGGAAAAGGCCGCUAAGGCUGCGGAGGAGGCUAGGAAAAAGGAGGAACACUUGAGGAAACUGGAGGAAGAAAAGCGGCUGAAAGCAGAAGAGGAGCGCAAGCAGCGUGAACAGGAGGAAAUGAGGAAGACUGAGAAGGCCAAGAAGAAGCAGGAAGAGGAGGAAAGGAAACGGCGGCUUGAAGAGGAAAAAAGGCAGAAAGAAGAGGAAGAGGCCAGGCUGAGGGAAGAAGCCAAGAGGCGGCAGGAGGAGCAAAAGAGACUGGAAGAUGAGUCCAGGGAGCAAUCCAUUAUACUCGAGCAGGAAAUCAAGGAGCGCCGCAAGAGCGACGAUAGCAGAACGAACACUUACCGUUACUUGCAGCUCAAGAACACCUAUCUCAAUGACUUUGACAUUUUCCUCAUUAACAACACGUUGAUGAGCGUCGAAUUCGGCAACGAAAGGGAGCUUUUCGAAAAGGCUAGGAGCGUGUGCAGCUUGGACUUCCGCGAGGGCGAGAUGAACACGCGCAUGUCGUCGACGGGGCACCUGAAAAAGGCCGUUGCCCCCGACGCCAUCCACGAGUACCUGUCGCAGACGAUUCGGUUUGCACCAGAAGACACUGCCUACGUGAGCCACGGAGUGCCACUGCGGCCCAUCAGGGUCAUGAUCAGCCACGAGGACAUUCUGGUCGAGCAGCAGAUGACGAGAAAAAUGUCGCCGUCCAGGAAUGUAAGACUAUACGUUGAGUCAGCGUCCAAGGAAAUGGACAGGACUAAUAAAAGUGGUUACGUGCGCUUACUCAGCAUGGACUCGGAAAAAAUUCUCAAGACGCGGAGCCAGGAGAACCUGGUGGAAGACCCGCAGGAGGGCUACCCGAGCUUCAGCGACCCUGAAGACAGGGGCGGCGUGCCGGCGUCGGUGCGCGUGCCUGAAGCCAACUCGAACUCGUCCGACUCGGACGACCAGUUCGACGGCACUUUGCCGAAACUGUCGUACAGCAGCGUGGGCACGGCGAGCGGAUGGUCGUCGCGCCGGCCGAGCUACCCGAACGUGAGUGGCAGCACCAGCUCGUCGGGCUACAGGUCGGGCAGCCUGCUGUCAGUACCAAAGAGCAACCACAGUAACUCAGACUCUGAACACAGCUACUCGACCAUCGCGACGCUCCGCCGGCAGCUGCUGCUCGCCCAGCGAAGACAGCAACUCGAGGGACCGACCUUCAAGGUCGGCCUGCCGUCCAACUGCUUCGUCGGCAAGAUGGUGCGCAGCUACAACGCCAACUCGGACCAACUGUUCAAGACCAAGUACUACCUGCGCUCCUCCUCCUUCAUGGACUACUUCAGCGCCGUGUUCGCAGACAUGCUGGCAAUGGACCUCGGCUUCCUGCCCGUCUGGAUCGACGAGGCCACCGUCUGCGGCGCCACCAUCUCCAUUAAGACAACGCAGCAGGACUCCAACUCCCCCAAGACGAGCCAGAAACUGGCCAAAUUGGAAAUCAUCCCCGCUGUUUCCUGCAAACCUGAGAACUGGCCAGCCGGAGCCGUCGAAUUUAUCUGGAGGAAACGCAUAGAGGCGUUUAACCAGCUCACCCAGACGAGGUACAGUUGGCCGUCGACCGAAAUGGUGCGUGAGGCGACUACCAAGGGCUAUCACCUGAUCCCCGUUGGCUACAUUCCCAAAAAGGUUUCCAACCCGUGGUUCGAUCUCGAGUGGAAAAUCGAGUUUCCCGAGGCGGAAAGAUACCUGGAGACUUGUCUCAGCGACACGCAACUGAGGUGUUACAUUUUCUGCCUGCUCCUCUUCCAGGUGUUUUUCAAAAGGGACGACACCGUGACUGAAGACCAUUUGCGACACGUGAUAUUCUGGCAGGCGGAAAACUUCACAACGGCCUGGGCCAACUACGAAAUGCACAAUAAUAUUCGCGCCGUGUACGAUAGUUUGUACGAAAACCUAUCAAAUAUGGAGCUGCCGAAUUAUUUCAUCAGGACGAGAAACGAGUUCCAGCAGAUCCAGCAGAAGCAACUGCAAGGCGUGCAAAACGCCGUGAACAAAUUCAGACAAAACCCGUUGGGACACAUCAUCGCCGCCCUGCGCCGCCUGCAGAUCCAGGGAAAGGAUCUCAGACUCAAUUUGAGCAGACUCGUCGAGUUGAUCAUGUCGCAAAGUACGAUAAUGAUGAUCAACCCUGCGCUGGGCACGAUGACGAACAAACCGCUGCCGAAAAAGAGAGGCUCUGAAGACAGCGACGGGCUGUGGAAAAACAUUCGAAAAAUUGAUAUGGUGACGAUGGACCAAAAGAAAGCGUGGAAAAUAAAAUACAUGGAGUCAACGAUGCAACAGCGCCGGCAGAUCGAACAGCAGCUGCGGCGAGAGUCGGAGACCCCGAAGACGAAGCAGCAACUGGAGGUGAUCGUGCCGAAGGACGCGGUGUUCGACUCUCCGCGGCGGCUGCUGAUCCUCGAGUUCUUCAUCGAGCACUUCGUGGGCAUGGUGGCAAACCCGAUGACCGGCAGGGUGUCGUCGGACGUGCUGCAGCACGCCAAGAACCUGCUGUGCCUGUACACCGAGCAACCGAGCCACGAUUCAGAGCGCACCCUCGAGUGGCGGGCGCUGCUGAAGCGGGUGCGCACGGCGCCGAGCUCGCAGGCCCGCCAGCGGCCGCAGAUGCAGCUUCCGACCGAGGGCGCCAACGAAAACUGGACCAUGCAGAGUGUGGCGGUGGAUACGUGGCGGGGACGCCGUCUCAUGAUGGACGCGCCGCCCACCAUGGUCUUCCACAGGGCCGACGAGGAGUCCGAGGUCGUCUCCACCGACGGCACAGACUUGUGAGAGUUUUACUGAUCUGAUUGUGAGAGUGUGUGCGUCCGUGCGCAAAGACUUGACUUUUAUCGCAUCAUUCAGCUGUUAAGUGCAAUAAAAAUACUAAUUUAUAUACUCGA